UUUGUGUAGAAGUUGGCUGUUUUCAGAUUUUUUGAUCAUUUGAUGUUCAAACUGUGAUUUUUGGCAAUCUGAUUUUAAUGUGGUUCUGCUGGUUCUUAGCCUGCUGCCUGGCAGCACGGCAAAAUGAGAGUAAAACAAUUAAGAAACGUGUCAAAAAAUACGGACUAGAGGAACUAAAAAGAGAACUGGAGGCUUUGGGAGUGAACAUUGAUGAGAAUGUGGAUGAGACUAAAAUGAAAAACAAAAAGAAGACUAAAAAGGAACUACAAAAGCUCCUCAUAAAGGAGCUGAAACGGGUCGAGCACGGCAAAACUGGUCUGGACAACAGGGCUUACGAAGACGGGUUCACUAUGCCCGAAGAAGUCAUAUCUGUUCUGAAUGAUCUGGACAUGUUCUUGGACAAACAGUUAGAAGAACAGGAGAGAAAUGAACAGAGGGACAACGACGUGAAAGCAGUACUUGGCGGUAUCCUGGAUAAAGUGGACUCCGCUUUGGCUUCAGAAGGACUAAAUGAAAAGGAAGAGACAGAGAAAGAGAAAGCGUUAAGGCCAGAGGCUGGAGACAGGAAGGAGGAGGCCGAGCGGGCAGCCCAAUUCUGGAGUGCGACACAGAACCACAAAGGAUCCGUCCCCAGGAGGAGGUUUCGGGUGGCAAGACGCAGCAGCAGACGGCUGACCAUGUGAACGCUUGACAACAACUGUCAAUAAAACCAAUACCAGA